AUGGGAAAAGGUCAAAUACUGCACCGGGACGAGUUUCGCGACUUACAGCUAGUAAAGAAGACAAGAGUGUCAGGCAACGUCUCCAUAUAUCGUCUUGCGCUACCGAAGCCUUCUGACACCCUCAACCUUCCCAUUGGGCAACAUAUCUCUCUCCGAGCACUGCUUCCUGGUAACCCAAAGCCGGUGAUACGUUCAUAUACGCCCAUUUCCCUGCCUGACGCAGUGGGCUAUAUGGAUCUCAUGGUGAAGACAUAUCCGCACGGUAACAUGUCCAAAUACCUCGAUACAAUGCAAAUUGGCGAAAAGGUGGAAGUUAGAGGUCCCAAGGGUGUUAUGGUAUACCAGCCCAACAUGGUCCGGGCCAUUGGUAUGAUAGCUGGCGGUACAGGUAUCACACCCAUGCUACAAAUUAUCCGAGCGAUCACCAAUAAUCGGCCCAAGGCCAAUGGAAAGGGGGAUAAAACUCAAAUUCAUCUCAUAUACGCUAAUGUGCAGUAUGAGGACAUUUUGCUAAAAGAUGAACUGGACGAACUGGUUCUCAAAGAUGAGAAUCUGAACGUCCACUACGUGCUUAAUAAACCCCCUAAAGAUUGGGAAGGAGGAAUCGGAUAUGUUACUGAGGAUAUGGUCACGAAACAUCUACCAACGCCGUCUGACGACGUUAAGUUGUUGCUGUGUGGCCCACUACCAAUGGUGGGAGCCGUAAAGCAGUUCGUUGAAUCUUUGGGGUUUCACAAGGCCAGACCAGUCAGCAAGCUAGAGGAUCAGGUGUUUUCGUUUUAA